AGGAAGAAAUCAGCAAUAAAAUAAAAUAAAAUAAAUCUAUGGUAGUAUAUUCGACACCCAUUUUUUCCUUUGUCUAUGGUAGUAUAUUCGACUUCAUCUUGUUAUAUGUUAAAUUAAACGUUUCCUCAUAUAUGUAUUUUCAAUAUCUCAUUGAAUCUUGCAUCAUAUGUAGCAUAAAGAUGUAGCAAACCAAGAUCAUCAAGAUAAAGGAUGAAGUAAAAGCAUGUCGAUCAGCUUUAUACCUGGCUUUUUGCAAGAACGUGCAAUCGAUGCAGCAACUGCUUACGUAACAACGCAACUAGGCUACGUGUGGGAUUACGAGAAAAGAUUCGUCGAUGUAAGCAAAGCUGUCGAGGCUCUCAAGAAUGAUAGGGAUGGAGUGCGUGAUAAAGCCGAAGAAGAUGAAGGACGGUAUGGGAGAGCUAUAUAUGAUAAUGUUGUAGAAUGGUUGGCUCGUGUCGAUGGAAUUCUUGCUAAAUAUGAAAAAUUCAAACAAGAACAUGAUAAUAAUGCAGGCUAUGCACUUGCUUUUCCAUUUCAAAAUCUAGACAUAAGAUAUCAUCGCAGCAAAACAGCAGAAGAUAUCAAAGAAAGGGUUGAAGAAUUGCAAAAUGAGAAGCAUGAUAGUAUAUCUCGCUGGCAGGGCCCACCUUCUUCCAUGGGUUAUGCGCUUCCUUCUGUUGAAUAUGAAGAACUUGAUUCAAGAAAACAAAAUAUGGAAGAUGUUAAAAAAGCCUUGGAAGAUUCGAGUGCUACAAUGGUUGGUAUUCACGGCCUAGCUGGUAUGGGAAAGACUACUUUGGUCAUAAAAGCUAUUAACACACUUCAAAGUCGAGAACCUAAGUUAUUUGAUAUGGUGAUUAUGGCAAAUGUGGGCAAAAAUCCAGACAUCAGAAAAAUUCAAGGCCAGAUUGCUGACAUGCUCGGAAUAACAUUGCAAGAGGAGAGUGAGUAUGCGAGAGCUAUUCGCAUAAGAGAGAAAUUGAAGAAAGAAAAAAACACUCUUAUAAUCCUUGAUGAUAUGUAUACAAAAGUGGACUUGGAUAUGUUGGGAAUUCCAUCACAGAAUGAAGAUGACAAAAAGAAUCUCGUUCUCAAACAAAGAAUAAGAUCUUCUAAUCCCUCUGGAGCAACUCUAACUAAGCCAGAGACAGAGAAUUUUGUUGGUGGUAGACAAAAUUUGACAAGAUUAAAGUCAGGAAUAGAUGCUAACAGGACGAGAACAGAGAAAAAAAUUGAAGACACCUCUAAUGGUUCUAGUAAAGUAAGAAAAGCAUCAGAAGAGAAUAAAAAAGGAUGCAAGGUUUUGUUAAUUUCUGAGGCAAAACGAGUAUUGAACCAGAUGGAUGUAAAUGCAAAUUCAAUUAUCUCUUUAGAUAUCAUAAACCCUGACGAUGCCAAAAUAUUGUUCAAAAAAAAGGUGGGAAUAACAGAUGAGAAAAAUUCUGAUCUUGAACGGCUAGCCAUUGACAUUGCCAAGAAGUGUCACGGGUUGCCCAUGUCAAUAGUUACAACUGCAAAGGCAUUGAAAAAUCAAAGCCGCUAUGUUUGGCAGGAGACCCUUAACACACUUGAAAGACAAAAGCUUGCAGGAACACCUGAGUAUUCUACAAAGUUGAGUUAUGAGCUUUUAGCAAAUGAGGAGCUCAAGCUUAUCUUUUUGCUUUGUGCUUGUAUGGAUCAAGAUGCAUUGGUCUCAGACUUAGUGAGACUAUGCAUUGGUUUGGGUUUUCUUGAAGGCGUCUACACAGCAAAGGAAGCCAGAGAUCAAGUGCAAAUGUUGCUUAUUCAUUUAAAAGAGUCAGGUUUGUUGUCUGACAGUUACUCAAAUGAUCGUUUCACAAUGCAAAACCUUGUUCGCAAGGCAGCUUUGUUGAUAGCAUCAGAGAAUAAUGUGUUCGUGCUGGCAAAAAGAAAGCUAGAUGAAUGGCCUGAUGAUGAUAAACUUGAAAGUCAACAUUUCGAAAUACCAAAUGACUUUUUCCGAGAAAUGAAAGAACUUAGAGUGUUGGUUCUGCUUGGCAUUGAUCUCUCCAAAAUGUCUUCAUCAAUGAAAUGCCUAAGAAAACUCCGAAAGCUUUGUUUGGAGCAAUGCAUUAACCUAGAUGAGGAAUUAUGCAACAGUAUUGGCACGUUCAUGAAGAAUCUAAGAAUUCUAAGCUUUUCUGGAUCUGAUAUUAAAAGCUUGCCUACUAAAUUGAAGGGUUUGUCAAAGCUGCAAAUUCUUGACUUAAGUAAUUGCUCCCAACUAAAAUCAAUUCAAGCUGGUGUAAUAUCUAGCUUGACAAGUUUGGAGGAGUUGUACAUGAGAAACACUUUGGUUGAAUGGAGGAUGGAUAAUAGAGAGGAAACUGAAAACAAAAAUGCUAGUCUUUCGGAGUUGGGACAUCUAACUCAAAUAACAAAUGUUGACUUUCAAAUCCCAAGUGUUGCCCAUUUGCCAGAAAACUUAUUCUUUGAUAAGCUGCAUAGCUACAAAAUUGUAAUUGGCUCGUCAAGUACAUUUUUGGAGCCAGAUUUCAAGAUUCCGGAGAAAUAUCAACUGUUGAGGUAUUUGGCAAUACUGGAGAAAGAUGUUGGCAUUCAUUCUCAGAAAGGGAUCAAAAUGUUGUUUGAAAGAGUUGAGAAUUUGUUGCUGGAAGAACUCAACGGUGUCCAAGACAUCUUUUAUGCACUGAAUUUGAAAGGGUUUCCAUGUCUUAAGACUUUGUCCAUUGUGAGUACUCUUAGCAUUCGAUAUUUGAUCAACCCACAGGAGAGGAAGCAUCCUGAGAAUGCUUUUCCGAAACUGGAGACAUUGCACCUCUACAAGCUCGAUAACAUGGAGCAACUAUGCUCUCGUGUGUCACUUUCAUCCUCCUCAUUUUGUAAACUAAAAGUUGUCAAGAUUAAGCUUUGUGGUUUAUUAAAGAAUGUCUUUGUAAUGUCUAUGGUCAAGCUUUUGGUUGCUCUUCAAACAAUUGAAAUUUUAGAAUGUAAUUCUCUAAAGGAGAUUGUCUUUGUGGAAGAUACACAAGAUUCUAACACGUCGAAGCCUCUUAAGUUUCAAGAAUUACGCACUUUGACAUUAAAAUCAUUACCUGAGUUUCAUGGAUUCUGUUCCAUUUCAUCUACAGCGCAACAAAAAGUAUUGUUCGAUGAGCAGGUUGAAUUCUCAAAAUUAGAGAGAUUGCAGUUGUCCUCUAUCCAAAUCCACCAAAUAUGGAAUGGCAAAAAUCCUCCUUUUGGAAAAUUGGUACACUUGGAAGUGAAUGGUUGCGGUAAUUUAAAAAGUUUGUUAACAUUGUCUAUGGCUAUAAAUAUGAAGACUCUCCAAAGCCUAUCUGUCAGCGAGUGUGACAAAAUGGGGCAGAUUCUUCUCAACGAGAACAGCAAUGAUAUUGAAAGUGAAAAGAAGGUUACCAUCUUUCCAAAUUUGAAGAGUAUUAAAAUGAAAAGCAUGAAGAGUUUGAGUGGGAUAUGCAAUAAUGAAUUUGAACUCCCAAAAGACUCUUUUGAAAAGUUGGAGAGCCUAGCCAUUGAUGAGUGUCAUAAACUGGUCCAUGUUUUCACUUCUAAUGUGGUGGGAAUAUUUCAGCAUGUAAGCAACUUAAGCGUUACUAAUUGUAAGUCAAUGAAAGCUAUAUUUGAGGCAGCAGCUUGGGAAAAGAAGCGAACUUCUAAGGAUGCAACACCCAAGUUGCAAGAUGUUCAUUUUGAAUCACUUCCAAAAUUAGAGCAUAUGUUUAACAUGAAGAAAAAACAGCUUCAAGAGAUUCUUAAGUUAAACAAUUUGCAUAAGAUAUGGGUUCAAGAUUGUAAAAGGUUGGAAAACAUAUUUUCUGCUCCUGUCGCUAAAACACUUGAAAAUAAUCUUGAAGAGCUUGUGGUCUCGGAUUGCUCUCAAUUGAGGGAAAUUGUUUCCAAGAAAGAAGAUGCCAGCAGUCUUACUGAAUUGAACUUUUUGAAACUUGCAACCAUCAAAUUUUUGAGACUACCAAAAUUCAAGGAUUUCUAUCCAGGAGCUUAUGGAAUAAAUUUUUCAGCACUCAACAACUUGUCUAUUGAACAAUGUGACAACUUGGAACCAUUCAAAGAAGAAGAAAUCAUAGAUGAACAAAAAAAGCCUGCCCUCUUUCCUGAAACGGUAAUGAACAAUUUGAAGUCAAUUCAAGUUGAGUCGAGACAUGCAACGUCAUCGACUAACUAUGAUUAUCGAAAGGAUAAUCUAGAAGAGCUUCAAUUAUCUGGACUGAAAGAUACUAAAAUUCUGUAUUCUUUCCUUUAUAGCAAUCCUAAUAUGAAGAAUCUAUGCUUGAAUAAUGGUUCUUUUCGAGAAUUGGUGCCUCUUGAAAGGCUUGCUAAGAUUGAAAGCUUAGGAGUUGUUCCACAGCUGAAAAGCUUGAAGCUAACAUAUCUACUUUAUCUUGAGAACAUUGGCUUCGAAAGAGACCCCAUUCUUCAAAGGAUAGAGUCAUUGGUUUUUCAAAAAUGCCCAAGUUUGAAAACCAUAGCACCUUCUGAUGUAUUUCUCUCUAACUUGACAAAGCUUGAAGUGGUUGACUGUAAAAGAUUAAAAUAUUUAAUGUCACCAUCAACUGCUAGCAGCUUGGGUCAACUCAACACCAUGAAGGUAAUUAAUUGUGAAUCUCUUGAGGAAAUUGUAUCAGAGGAAGGACAAGAAGGAAGAGAAGAAGAUAAUAAAGACAAAUAUGACAUCAUUUUCAAACAACUGACGACAAUUGAACUUGUGUCUCUCAAGCGCCUUGAAAGCUUUUGCAGGUCCAAGAGUUGUGCGUUUCAGUUUCCAUCAUUAGAGAAAUUUGUGGUGAGUGCUUGUCCCAAAUUGAAAAGUUUCUCCCAAGAAGAACACAUGGAACCACUGCCCAAGUUGGGAAAAGUAUAUGUUGUCCAUGAAAAAGACAAGGUGGAAGCGUACUGGACAAACAAUUUACAAGAAACAAUACGAGAUAUAUUCAACAAAAAGAUAUUUUUCAAAGGCAUGGAGGAAUUAAGUGUUUCUGAUCAUCCUCAUCUACAACAACUAUGGACAUGCAAAGAAGCAGGCCUUCAACAAGAAUUGUUUAACAAUUUGAAAUCUUUGAAGCUGAGUGGUUGUGAGUUCGAACCAUACGCAAUUCCAUCAAAUGUUCUUUUUAGUUUCAAGAACCUAAAAGAAUUGGAAGUGUAUAGCUGCGACAAAAUAACAGGGAUUUUUGAAAUGAAUGAUACUAAGAUCAAGGAAACAUCGUUCCAACUGAAGAAGCUAACUUUGAUAUCGCUUCCAAAUGUGAGACAUGUGUGGAACCCGGAAAAACAAGGAAUUCUCAGCUUCAAAAGUCUACAAAUAGUGACUGUCAAUGGCUGUGAGGAUUUGAGAACCCUAUUUCCUAUAGCCUUGGCCAGAGAUCUUAAGAAGCUUGAGGAACUUCAUGUUAGAUCUUGUGAUGAGUUACCCAACAUUGUUGAAGCAGAAGAAGCUGGAACUGUUGAUGAAAAUCUUGUGUUUCCUUGUUUAACCACAUUGGAAUUGUGCUAUUUGCCAAAUCUUACAGGCUUUUGCUCUCAGAAGUUUACUCUGGAAUGCCCUAAGUUAAAUUGCUUAGAGGUAUAUGAUUGCAACGAUCAACUGGAGCUAUUUCAGAGUCAACGAGACGAAAACCAAAACAGCACUUCAACUGCUAAGCAACCACUUUUCAUGAAUAUAAAGGAUAUUUCCAAGAUGGAAAAUUUGACUCUGAAUUGGAGACACACUCAAGCUUUAAGUUCAUGGUUGACAAAAUUGAAUAACGAAAAUCUUGAGAGUUUGAAUGAACUUUCCCUUCUUGAUGAUGAUGAGAAAAGGAACUCUAAUGUGCCAGUUGAAUUAUUUGAGAAGACACCCAACUUGGAAACGCUGCGAGUAAGCUUUUACUGUGAUGAAAACCUCAAAAAUAUAUUUCCCUCCCAUGAUGAAGCUACUAAUAAGGAGAUUCUUGGAAACGUGAAAGAAUUGAAGCUAUCCAACUUAGAUGAGUUGAAAUCCAUCAGUGGAGUAGAAUUCUUGUCAAAGCAACUGCGUCUAUUCGAUGUUUAUUAUUGUCCAAAAUUGACAACAAUAUUGCUACAAUCUUGCUCCUUUCUGAAAGAACUGCACAUACAAUCGUGUGAUGCAAUGCUGCGUCUAUUCACAUCUUCAACAGCGAAAAUGCUAAUACACCUUGAGGAGUUGCAAGUUCAGAGUUGUGAAUCAUUGAAAGAAAUCGUGGGGGAAGAACAGCAGAGUGCUAUGACGGAAGACGAAGUUGAAUUUAAGCAGCUAGAGAGGAUAACCCUUCGAUCUUUGGAAAGCCUGGAAUGCUUUUAUUCAGGGAAUGUCACUCUGAAGUUGCCAUCUCUCAUUCAACUGGACAUUGUGAAUUGCUCCAAGAUGAAAGUUUUCUCUCAUGGAAAUGUCGGCGUUUCUAGAAGCAUUCAAGUUUCUUACAACUACUCCAGUGAUGAUUUGGUCUUCCUCCGUGAUCUUAAUAAUGCCGCUCUAGUAGUAUUGCAGUCUCUAAGUCAGGUAAUAAAUAAGGAUUGGAUUUAGAUCCUCUAAAGUUUGAAUUUCAGGUUAGAGACUUCUACCCUUUAAUAGUUUCUCUUUCAUAUUUAUUUUUGGUCUCACCUAUAAAAUAAAUGGUGAGAGAUUAUAUUUUACUCUCUAAAGUGAAAUUCAAGUUUUAGAAGAUCCAAAUCCAAUAAAUAAAAACCCUUCUCCAAAUAAAAUUUUACUAUGUGCCACUUUGAAAU